CCCGGGACCCGCCUCCUUAGCAACCGAGGGACUCUUUCACCUUAGCAACCAGCGAAGCUCCCACCAUGGCUGAAGACGAAUUUGCUGCCCCUCCGGAGAAAGUUAUCCGGGUCCAGCGGGUGUUUAUAAACCUGCUGGACACCUACAGCAGCAGGAACAUCGGGAAGUACCUGUCUAACUGCGUCGUUGGAGCAUCCCUGGAAGAAAUUACAGAGGAAGAAGAAGAGGAAGAUGAAAAGCCAGCUGCCCGGGAAGCCUCAUCUUUCAGGCUGAAGGAGGGCACCUUCCAGAUYGUGGGCACGCUCUCCCAGCCCGAGAGCCCGGGGCCCAACUUUGCGGUGGAGACGUACUCGACCAUCUCCAGAGAAGACCUUCUCCUGCGCCUGCUGGAGUGUGACGUGGUCAUUUACAACAUCACUGAGAGCUCGCAGCAAGUGGAGGAGGCUGUGUGGGCAGUGUCCGCGCUGAGUGAAGAAGUCAGCCAUUUUGAAAAAAGAAAGGUAUUUAUUCUGCUCUCCACCGUGAUGACUUGGGCACGAUCCAAACCUCUGGACCCAGAUGAUUCUGAGGUCCCAUUUACUGAAGAGGAUUAUCGAAGAAGAAAGCAUCAUCCCAAUUUUACAGACCACAUCAAUGCUGAAAAAAUGGUUCUCAAAUUUGGAAAAAAUGUCAAAAAACUUGCAACUUAUGUUAUUGCUGCCGGACUUCAGUAUGGGGUGGAAGAAGGCAUCUUACAUACUUUUUUUAAGAUAGCUUGGUUGGGUGAGGUUCCUGCUUUACCUGUUUUUGGAGAUGGAACAAAUGUAAUUCCGGCAAUUCAUGUUCUUGACCUAGCAGGAGUGAUACAAAACGUAAUAGACCAUGUGCCAAAGCUCCAUUACCUGGUGGCUGUGGAUGAAUCAGUCCAUACCCUGGAGGACUUUGUCAAGUGCAUCAGUAAACACACCGGCCCUGGGAAAACCCAGAAAGUACCCAAAGAAAAUGCUUACCUAAUCAAGGAUUUAAAACAAGAGUGUCUUGAUCAUUUGCUGGUCAACCUAAAAAUGGAAGCGCUCUUCGUGAAGGAGAAUUUUAAUAUCCGAUGGGUUGCCCAGACGGGAUUUGUGGAAAAUAUCAACAAUAUCCUCAAAGAGUACAAGCAAAGCAGAGGAUUAUUGCCAAUCAAGAUUUGUAUCCUUGGUCCUCCUGCUGUGGGAAAAUCCAGUAUUGCUGAAGAGCUGGCCAAGCAUUACAAACUACAUCACAUCAAAAUAAAGGAUGUGAUUUCCGAAGCCAUAGCAAAACUGGAGGCGAUUGUUGCACCUAAGGAGGUAGGGGAUGGAGAAGAYGAGGGCGAGGAGGAAGAGGAGGAGGAGAACGUGGAGGAUGCUCAGGAGCUCUUGGAUGGCAUCAAGGAAAGCAUGGAGCAGAAUGCAGGUCGACUGGAAGAUCAAUAUGUAAUUAGAUUUGUCAAAGAAAAGCUAAAAUCCAUGCCUUGUAGGAAUCAAGGAUACAUUUUGGAUGGAUAUCCAAAGACCUAUGAUCAAGCAAAAGAUCUGUUCAAUCAGGAAGAUGAGGAGGAGGAUGAAGAAGUCAAAGGCAAAAUGCUUCCCUUUGAUAAAUUAAUUAUACCUGAAUUCGUGUGUUCACUGGAUGCCUCCGAUGAGUUCCUGAAGGAGCGGGUGAUGAACCUUCCCGAGUCCGUUGUGGCGGGAACCCACUAUAGCCAGGACCGCUUCCUCCGGGCGCUAAGCAACUACCGGGACAUGAAUAUUGAAGAUGAGACUGUCUUAAACUAUUUUGAUGAAAUUGAAAUCCACCCAAUACAUAUCGAUGUAGGAAAACUUGAAGAUGCUCAGAACAGACUUGCCAUCAAACAGCUCAUCAAAGAGAUUGGGCAGCCUCGAAAUUAUGGUUUAACAGAGGAGGAAAAGGUCGAAGCCGAGAGGCGAGCUGCAGAGGAACGCCUGGCUARGGAGGCUGCCGCGGAGGCUGAGCGUGAGCGCCUCGAGGCCUUGGAGGCCGCGGAGAAGCUGGCCCGCUGGGAGGAGUGGAAUAAGCGACUAGAGGAAGUAAAACGGGAAGAAAGAGAACUUCUGGAGGCUCAGUCUGUUCCCCUGAGGAACUACUUAAUGACCUAUGUGAUGCCAACCCUCAUGCAGGGGCUGAAUGAGUGCUGUAAAGUCAGACCGGAUGAUCCUGUGGAUUUUCUGGCAGAAUAUCUCUUCAAGAACAAUGCUGAAACACAGUAA